AUGGACAAAGUGAUGUCUAACUUAAACAUCAAGAGUACUGCGUUUAGUACUAGCCCGUUCCCAAAUUUAAAGCCAAAUGUACGGUACAAGACUGUGAUGGAGCGAGCUGGUUUUGAUGUUGCUUAUGGGAAAGAUGUUCGUUCAAGGCAACGCAGCCCGGAAAUAGAUAAUAGACGGGGUGCAGGGAGGCACCAGCCUUAUAUGUCCAAUAGCAGGAAUGCUCCGUCAGACAGUGCUACAACAGUUACGAGUUUGCCUCUUCCGGGAGAAAACCGAAUUGUCCGGCCGACUAUCAGCUUAACGGAUACAGAUAGAAAGACUAGGGAGCCGAUCGGACUGGGAAUUUCAGCCUCGUUGCCAUCUUUGAACCCCGAUGAACGCGUAACGCAGACUCGUGUCCCAUCCGUGAUUACGGGGAGAAGAGACGCAGCUGCAAAUGACCCCUCACCGCUUCCUAAAAGAUCCCUUCAUUCGUCUCCGAAUCCUGAUAAGGAAUCAAUUUUUGAUUUUGAAAGCGGAAAUGCUGGAACAAUGCCUGCCGCGACUACUGGGUUUUUGCGUCCAAACCCACCGCCAAUUUCUAAUAAUCAAGAUACGGUAGGUAAUGCCAAUGGUGCCCCGUACAUCAGUUUGGAUCCACUGGAAAAGUCAUUUUUUAUGAUAACCCAUCCCACUCCUAUCAAGAAUGAGGAGCAAACUGUGUCUGGUAGUGAAUCCUUCCUUUCCAAAUAUGAUGGUGUCGGCUAUACUCCUCAAGCCUCGCCCUCCGCAAAUUUCCUACAAAAUCCUACUUCCACACAUCACUCACCUGUUGCUGCUGCUGACAAACGGAAGGACUAUGUCGCUCCCGUUCAAAGUACGGUUCAAGAAAAUAGCGAUCUUCUACAACCGGCAGCAAAAUUGAAUGACAUUGAUAUCAAGCCUGACCCGCUGCUGGAGAGGGGGCUACAGUUUAGUGAAUCUCUGGAGGACUUUGAAAGGGAAAAUCUGCCUCUUGGCGGUGCAGAAAAUACCACGAAUGUUGACAAGUUGCUGGCACAGCUAAACGAUAUAUUACUUGAACCUGAUAAUAUUGAGCCUGAUGUAGGAAAGUAUGAGCAAUUGCAGUUGCCUGAAAAUCCGCCAUUUAAGUUAAAUAAAAAAUCAAGUGCGUAUCUGUCUCAUAUACCGGACGCAGCUGUUAAUAUCCGACAGGUUCUGAAUGUCGAUUACAACGAAAACGAUCACAUACGGUCCCCAAGCGGACGUUUACUCAGUCCAGUUGAUCAGACUCCGGUAAUGUUAACUUUCAAGAAUCGUCCGACUGAUGAUACAUGGAACGAACAUGAUAUUUAUCAUGAUAGUCUAAGAAACUCGAGAAAUGGAACUAACAGUGUUUCAUCUCCCUCGACAGAGAAUCUUACUUCUUCUCCAACUCUUCAAAACUCCCGCUCCAGCAGCACAUUAGGUGGAAAAGUCAACCCCGUCAGUUCCAUAUCAAUUCCUUGCGCAUCUACCGGAACACUCAUCUCCCAAAGUUACGAGGCAACCAAGCGGAAUCCUUCGAUACCUAUCAGUCAGCAGCCCCUGCUCUCGGACAGCUCUCAGACUCCCCCUCUCCAUCUCCCCAAUAAACCGACAAAAUACCCCCCCGGAAAGGGCCCCUGCCGUUCCUGUAAUGGCGAAAUUAAAGGCAAGAGUAUCUACUCAAAAAGAGUUGGCGAACUUUCAGGUCAGUGGCAUCGCGAAUGUUUCCGCUGCACAGUCUGCCAGGUAGCGUUCAGCAGAACAGUUCCCUGUUAUAUCCUAGACGACAACACGUUCUGUCGUCAUCACUUCCACGAAGCAAACAACUCAAUCUGUGUUGUGUGCAAUGACUACAUCGAAGGUGAAUGCCUCGAAAAUGACAACAACGAAACCUUUCAUAUUAACUGCCUGAGCUGCUACAUUUGUAAGACCCUGAUUCAGGAAGACUACUAUGUCUACAACAAUAAGUUUUCCUUAUGUACCAACCAUGACAUGGAAUUACUAGUCAGGACCGGCAUUGACGGCAUUGGAUCCAUUAAUAACGGCCACGGUGACCAAAUCUACAAUACCCUGUCGAAGAGAAAAACUAGACUUAUUAACUUCGGUGACUAA